AUGCUUUCCUUUCGAAAUAAAAUCUUGCUAUUUCUACAUCCUAAAUCAAUAAAAACUGAUGCAGAUUCAAAAGCACUAUUUGAAUUAAUUUCAAUUUAUCAUCCAAAACUGGAUUUAAAUGACGAUUUGACCAAUAAUGACAUUGAAGAAUUUCGUUAUCAUUCAAAACGAAUAUUAACUAAUUUAUUACUAGCGAAAUCAUCAUUUUAUCUUAUUCAACAUCAUAUAUUUCAAUAUAAUACUAAGCAAAUAAAUAUGUAUUCUAUACAGCAUGAAAAAAUCAAUGAUUUGAAAUGUUUUAAUCCACCAUUAAUUCUUUAUUUUCAUGGUGGUGGAUUUGUUUUUGGCGAUAUUGAUACAUAUUCUGGUUUUGAAUGUCAUCUAUCAGAAUCUCUUAAUACGUUAAUACUUCAUGUUGAUUUUCAUCUUGCACCUGAAUAUUCUCUUGAAGAGACGAUUGAAAAUGUAAUUAAUGUUUAUCAAGUUUUACUUGAUACUGAUCCAAAUAUUCAUUGA